AUGUCUGACUCUUCAGGAAGUCGCUGGGAAAGGUAUUAUGGCGUUGGCGAGACACACCCGCUGCGACGGAAUGGCCGAUCAUGGAUGGACCCAAUCUUCCCAUCUAUUGACCCGCAGACACUCGAGAUCAUUGAACCGCACUCCGAAAUGAUUCCACAACCGUCUCCUCCCGAGCUGGAUGAUCUCCUCCUGUCGGAGCGCCAGCAACUUUCAAGGUUCUCGGGGUUGCGAACCUGGGAAGCUGCGGUACUGGCAAAGACGGAAGCCUAUACUGCAACGGGCGAGGGGCAAGUCCUGAUUAAAAACGAAAUUCAAGUAGACGAGUCGUCUUGGCUGCCUGUUUGGUCAAGAGACCGUUGGAUGAUUGACUUCACUGCGCCUCCCAGUUCGUCCACCAAUUGGUCUGGAUCGCGUCUCUGGAGCGCGCACGAUCCGAUCAUCUGGGGUGUUCUUAGAAAGGCGAUACAAAUUGCUGAUAACAUCGUACGGAGAUCCCUCGAAGGAGACUGGUAA